AUGACAAGUUUCGCCACAGUAUCAUUGAAGGAGAGACUUAUUUAUUCUUCUAAUUUUGAGGUCUCUGCUAAUGUUAGCCAAUAUAGAGCUACCACUCAUCCUUUCAAGAUCACUAUAACUCCACGAACACAUGUUGCUGAGAAAAUAGCCAUUGUGCCAUCUUAUUCCUACUCUUUCUUUCCACUUGCUGAGAUAGAGAAACUCAAUAAUGAGAAGCAUAAUAUUGAAUACUUGAUAGACGUUUUAGCAUUUGUCAAAUCAAUUGGCACUCUUGAAGAAUAUCGGCGGGACAAUGAAACCAAGAAUAAAUUGAGGAUGCGGAAUCAAUGUAGAAUGUAUAUUUUUGAUGAAUGUGCCAGCGAUGCUUUCAUGUCUCAGCUCCAGAAUACACAGACACCUGUUGUGGUGUUGUUAAACCUGGCUAGGGGAGAAACUUUUGUCAUUAGGUGCAUUAUUCAAAAGUUAGAGACCAGAUAUGGUUGGAUCUAUCAAGGUUGCUCCAAGUGUGGUACAAAGCUUCGUUUAGAGAAUGAGAGUUGGAUAUGCCCAUCAUGUCAGAAGAAACCAGAGUUUAUUGACCACAAGAUGAAGCUUCAUUACACUGUGAAAGAUGAGACAGGAAUUGCUUCAAUAAUAUUCUGGGAUAAACUUGCGGUUGAGUUAAUUAAAAAUUCAGCCGCUGAGUUGAAGGUUAUUCUAGAUGAGGAUCCUGAGGAAGUUGAUUUCCCCAAAAAUCUGGACAAUCCUGUUGGGAAGAUAUUCACAACCUGCUGUGGAACAAAGUCAGGAACAUAUGAAUGUUACUCAAGGAGUUCCUCUAAUUGCGGAAAAGAUUUAGUUUCACAAUGUGUUGCUGAAGAGGAUGUCACACUUUCAAAUAUGGUCAACCGUGUUAAAGCUCCUCCAGUUAAAGGGAGAAAAAGAAGCGUCGUGAGGAAGAAUGUUGAGGAUGCUAUUGCUGAGGGUACUAACACUGGAUCAAGCUCAAGUAAUGAACAGAAGCAUGUGAAAACUAUCAAGUUGGAGAAGUAG